GUUACCAGUGUAGACCAACCUUUUCCUGCCUCCACGGAGCUCAUGAGCUGUCAAGCUGCAGAGCUAACUCACCUCACUGGGGACAGUUCAGUAAACAGCACAGAUGAACUCCUGUGUGUCCUUGGCACCUCCAACUUCAGGUAUCCACAGGAAGCUGCCUUUGGAAUAAGGUUUCUUCUCAUGCCAGGCUUCUGAUUUGCUCUAGAAUUGCUUUGAAAGGCAAGAUACCUUGUUUUCUUUGGUCCAUGGAAUUCCCAUUUUUUCAUGGAAAGAUAACAAGAAAAACGUGUGAAGAGCUGCUGAGCAAGAAGAAAAAGAAUGGCAGCUAUUUAAUACGGGAGAGUGAGAGUGUGGAAGGAGCCUUGUGUCUCUGUGUUUUCUUUGAGGACCUCAUCUACACUUACCGUAUCUUCAGAGAACACCAAGGAUAUUUUAGAAUACAGACUUCUGAAGGUGUUCCAGAGAGGACCUUCAAAACAUUAAAGGACUUAAUAUACGCUUUUGAAAAGCCAAAUCAAGGUCUGAUAAUAAACCUCCGCUACCCAGUGAAGAAACCGAAGGCUUUGCAAAGAAGCCAGAGGUUCAAGUCAGAAAUGGACAAUGUUUAUGAUGGUGAGAAACUUAGCUCUGCCUUUGUGGGUUUUUUUAAGAUGACAGCAUUGACAGGUUUGUGGUGAAUACUUGCUAAACGUCUUGCAUGGACAGAAGUUUUACAUCCUCCCUUCUCUCUUAGGUUCACUGAAAUGGUUAUUCUUAGCUCACAGGUUACUUACCCUCACCUACUACAAAUGAACAAAUUAAAAUCGCUAGAGAUAUACAAUGAUGAAAAAAGCUGCCUCCAGCUCUCUUGUUCAUGGAUGUUGAUGCUUCUAGGCUGGAGAAGACUGAGAACCAGUUUUACUCAAUGUGCUUCUGCCAAGGUACCAGGCCCUUGCACUUGGGGGUUGAGGCUGUCCUUUACCUUCAUUGUCCAGGUUCUAAGAUAUUUUUAUAUCAAAACCUUACUUAGUCCUAAGAUGGGCAGGCAAACAAGCCAGCUUGUGAUUUGCAUUCAAACAUGACUAAGUGAUAAGCGUAUAGCCUUGUGCUCAGGAUCACAGCUUUGGAACCAGAGUUCAGCCUCUCAUUGCUCUUCUUCUGCUAAUUUAUGCUCACAAGUCCCAGGUGUAGGAUGAUGAUAUGAUGCGUCUACCUGACAGAAUUAUGCAAAUGGACACAAUAAAGACAGAGGUUCUCAUAAAGCUUUACGCUAUGUUGUAUAGCCCCAUGUCACCCUUACAUGCUUGUUUUGUGAAGCAUGACUGCAGAUACUGUUGAUAACUUGCUAGUAUCCCUCACACCAUUCUUCAUGUUCCUGCUGUACAACACUAAGCUGCAACAUCCAUCAGGCCAUGGGCUGCAAAACAACCCUGAGACUGCUCCAUGACCUCUGGCAGAGUGUGCCUAGAGCCCCAGCCAGGACACACGUGAGUAAGGGAAAUCCUUUUCUUAAGUACAGAUAUCAUAAAGGAAACAAAACUUUGGAGUCUCCACCCUACCCUGUGAUUUGCAUCUCAUGCCCAAGAGCAGCUCAGCACGGUGGUGUGGGGCAGUGUUAUGAUCCAGCUAUUAAAGUUAUUAGAAAUGCCUCUGCCCAAAUUAAGGUGCAAAUGACAAUAGUUUGGGUUUGAUAGUAAAUAUGAGAGGGAGAGAGAGAAAAAGGAGUGUAAAAAGAAGAGAAAGGAGAAAGAGGUGGGGGGGACAGAAAGAGAGUGACAAACGAUAUCACCACUCCGCGAAUCCCAGCAAUGUUCCUUUGAUCCUCUCAGCUGGUCUUCUUGGUGGUGAAGGUCUCCCCAGAAUGCACAGAAUCUGAUGGCUUAAUAUACACUCAGGCUAGGUAGGAAAACCCAGGCACCUCCCUGGGGCAGGGGGGAGUUUGCCAUUGUCUCUUACAGCAGACUCUGGGUUUUUUGCAUUACGUGCAAGGAACGUCCAAGGCAUCAGGAACGAUUCUGGGGGGCACUUCAGGGAGUCUUUGAUGGAUUAAGGCACUCUUUCAGCUGCCUCUCACAUGAAUGCCCCGUGGAUGUGGCCUUCUAAAGGUUGGGGGUUCCAUAGCCAGUUUGUGUAAGGAGGAUGGGUUCACUGCCCCUGAGCAGAGGUUACAACACACCAAAACUUCCUCCCCCCACCUCAGCUGGGGGAGAAAUCUGUACAAACCUCCUCCCAGAAAAGGGGUCUGAGGGCUAUGGCCUCCCCACCUUGAAGCAAAGCAGACAUGAUUCUCAGUACAGCUGCUGCGUUUGGCUCACAUUCUUUUCCUUGAUUACUUGUUUCAGGUGAUUGAAGAAUGAUUUUUCCUUUAUCUAAUCUCAGUCCUUCGACUUUCAGUCCCAAGUUCCAGUCAGGCAACUUCAGGGAGGCUUCUUUGCUCGUAGCUUCUUUAUACAGUUUUUGUUAUAAUGAGCAGAACUUUAUAUCAAAGUUUGAGGCAUGAACUAUUUCAGUCUCUGUCAGUGCCUCUGUGCUGCAGUUGUGUGUUUCACACACCACAGCAGUGCAACUGCUCUGGCCAAGCUCCCCUGACACUGCCCGCUCUGCUGCAAUUCUGGGGCCUGCGGCCCAGCAACCUUGCUGAGGGGAAGCCACAGAGACACAUUUCCCAUGUCAUCAGCAUUACCUUGUCACCUGUAUCACACAGCAAAUAGGCCACAUUUUGCUCUAAACAUUUUGCCUUAAAAAUGUUGUUAUGGUUUCUUAUCAUUGCUGUUGCAGUGAGACAGAAAAUAUUGCAGUAACAUGGAUAUGUUUUUAGGAAUUUUUGGUCCUGCAGUAGGAAUUUAUCUAGAAGAUGAACAGUGUCCUCAUCUGGAAUCACAGGGAGGAAAACAAACCCUUUUAUUUCAAUGUCAAAAUAUAGGUAGUCUUCCAUAAAUAUGGAGGCUUUUUUAGAAAUAAUCAAGCUACUUUGGAAUUGCUUUUAUUAAAUUUUGAUUUAAAUUUCAUUUAUACAGCAUUCCAAACUUCCCUCUCAGGCUGCAUUAUUACAUGCCCACAGCAGGGGCUUAUGUAAAUGUCAUGCUCUCCGAAACACAGGCACUGCCCAAAGCACAGCAGUGCUCCCUAAAGCAAGCAGUCCCUCACAUGCUACCAGCAGCUGGCUUUGCUACAGACAUGGGACUGAGCGCUCCAGCACGACCAGUGGAACACCUCAAGGGACUGAGUUCACGAUCCUGGGGGCUGGAGACAUUGGAGCUUUGUUUUCUAGCCUCGGAACUGCUUUUCUGGGGGCAGCUGCUCGAAGAGCAAUAGGUUUCCAUAGUGGAGCUUUGAGUUCCAAGCACUUCUUCCUUUUCCCUGGCUUCUCAAAAACUGUAACCAAUCUUAAGAAGUGUAAGAGAGAAUAGGAUCUUUCAGGCUCUCCUCCUUUAGUCAGGAUUAGAACUUUUCUCUUGGGUAUUUAUUUACAGAACAAGGGACACAUUAUGAGAGUCACAGAUAUCUCAGCUACUGAUUUGAUGUAGCAAGAAUGGAUGAUUUCUGACAUUUGACUGUUCCUCAGGAAGGAGGGGGUAUCGUGAAUACAACUGUUUACAACAGUGCUUGCUGGCUCAGAAAAGGCAGGGCAGGCUUUGCCUUUUCCUGGUGAAUCCAGUCCAGAGGACGGGGACCUAAACGUUGGCCCUGCAAUAACAGCACACUAAGAAACCAAACUGAGUUACUGAUACCUGCCCUGCCACAGGCUGUGCUGCUUCCCCCAGCCUUUCAGAAGAGUGCCUUGCAAUGACGUCUUUUUUUGUUUGUAUUGA